AUGGUCUGUUCUCAGUUCACAGAUCGUUUUUCAAGGGGGGUAAGAGAGAUGGAACUCGAUCUCUCAUCUCUUCAUCUCUUGGCGGACGCGGCUUCGUUGGUCUCCGAGGGAAAGCUCAGUCUCGAUUCUUCCAUCUUUGAUCUUGAUGAUGCGAAGAAGGCCACUGGAGUGACCACGACUUUUGGGCCAUUCGGUGUUAGUUGGCUCGUAACGAAGAAGAGAUCUCCGCGAACGCGAGGGUUGACAAUCCACACUCCGAAGUUGAAUUCUGAUCCAGUUGUUAGCAAGCAAGAAACUUGGAGAGAUCACCAAGAGCACUACAAGAAGCGGCCGCGUGCCUUCGAUUCCACCGAAACCCAUGAGGUGUAUAGGGUUUCCAAGAAACCCAAGAGAACUCUGAACAAAAAUCUCGAGGCUUUAACCGAAUUGCCGACAAUCUUCAUGGACAAAGUACUGGAGAUGCGUGGCCGGGAUGUGAGGCUUGUGGUGGAGAAGCGACUCUCUGCCACCGACAUGAAUCCGGGCCAAAGCAGGUUCUCCAUACCAAAAUCGCAGGUGCUCACGGAAUUUUUGGGCGACCAAGAGAUCAAAACUCUGGACAGCAAUGGAGGCAUUAAGGUUUCUCUCGUCGACCCCUGUCUCGAAAUACAUCAUGGAUUGCAACUCAAGAAGUGGAGUUACUCGAACAAAACUUUUUCUUAUGUAUUGACCAACCGGUGGAACGCGGUCGCGCACCCGAGCAAGCAGAAUGGACUCAUAAAGGAUGGUCUCGUCCAGCUAUGGUCUUUCAGAGUGGAUGGUAACCUUUACUUUUGCCUCGCGGCUUGCGACGUUUGA